AUGGUAUCUGAACUGUGUCCUGUUUACGCCCCAUUCUUUGGCUCCAUGGGCUGUGUUUGUGCAAUUGUCUUCACUUGCUUCGGUGCCGCUUAUGGAACUGCCAAGGCCGGCGUUGGUGUUUGCUCGAUGGGUGUCCUGCGACCUGACUUGAUUGUGAAGAUUCCCGUUGUGAUGGCUGGUAUUAUCGGGAUCUAUGGUUUAGUCGUUUCCGUUCUUGUCGCAAACGAUCUGAAGCAGGAUCUUCCUUUAUAUACAGGCUUGAUUCAGCUUGGUGCAGGUCUUUCCGUCGGCCUCACUGGCUUAGCAGCUGGUUUUGCUAUCGGCGUUGUUGGUGACGCCGGGGUUCGUGGAACAGCGCAGCAGCCAAGGCUGUAUGUUGGUAUGAUUCUGAUACUCAUCUUCGCUGAAGUCCUCGGCCUGUACGGCCUGAUCGUUGCCCUGCUUGUGAACUCACGCGCGAAACACGAUGUUGAGCCUUGCAGAUGA